CUUUAGAACGAGAUAGCUGGUGUUCGCUUGUAUCUUUAUCUUUGUCGAAAUGAAGUAGUGGGGGUAAACAAAAGAGUAGAGGAACGAUAGAUAGACAGAGAAAGAGCUACGACGUAAGGCACAUGUUGUCUCUUUCUCAGGUGUGCAAACGUCUGCAGCCACAAUGCGCAGUCUAUAUAUACUAUGUCUAUGGAUGAGCACGAUGCAGUGUAUGUAUGUUUUCUCGGGGAGGUUAGAGGACAUGAGUUCGUUCUUGUUACAAAGAUUUUGAUGAAACAGAAACGAAGAGAUGCUAUUCUCUCAAUAUUGACUUCUUUCUACAGUUAAUUAUCUUACAUGCAGUAGGAUUGGGAACGUUAAGUGGAAUAAGUUACACUGUGAUAAAUUGUACUGUUUAACGCGUAGGAGAAAUGACGCUACUUUGUAAACUGUAUCAACCGUUAUGGUUUCGUUCUAACAAGUUUCACAAGAGUGUAUAUUCUUUAACCACAUUAGUCUAUACGAACACUACGAAUAAUUUAGAUUCCAUUGUUACGAAAAAUGCAGAUACAUUUAAGGAAAUGACGGGAGGUUCAUUGACUGUAAAAUGGAAAGACUUACGAGAGAAAAUCCUUCACCAAAAUAACGAAAUCACACCAGCCACUGUAGACUCCACAAUCAUAGAUAUGUGUCUUAGAUAUUCCUACUUGGAUAAUGCUAUCGCAUACUUCAAAUUCUUGAGGGAAAACAAUUAUCCCCUGAAUAUGGCAGUGAUUGGAAAAUACCUCAGACUCUAUGCUUGGAAAAAGCCAAACUCCUUGACUGACGCGGAUAAAGUAGACAUUGUAGAAACUUUUAAUGAUUUGAUACAGAAGCAUCCGUUACUGGAUUACAUUACAGCUGGACAUUGUGUAGUGAGCUUAUGUUUGACGGAUGAAUGGUUGAAGACGCAAGAGAUAAUAGAGAUGGUGAAACUUACCUCUAGUCCAAAUUCCAUGAUGUAUUCUGCCUUGGCUAGCGCAGCAUUUAGAAAUGGAAAACCUGACAUUGCAUGGAAAGCAUUGUCAGAUCUAGUGUCGUACAAACUAACUCCAAAUAAUGCUGUAUAUGAAUCACAUCUACAAUAUUGCCAGUUUGACGAUGCGAAAGCUUUUAACAGUAGAAUGGAAGAGAUGUUUAAUUUAUGGGCUGAACACAGUAUAAUACCAUGCAAUGAAAUUAUAAAUGCAUAUGCUGAUAAGGCUAGGAAGUAUGACUGGUCCACGGAGCUUGUGACAAUCUCCAGAGAAACGGGGCACUGUAGACACUGCGGCUAUUCCUUGCCUAAAAUAACAUUUACUGAAGAAGAAUUUGGAAACCUGGCAAAAUCUAUGAUGGACAAGGUUAUCAUAGGAUCGGACGUCUAUCGCAAAACUAAUCCAAAAGAAUUGUUGAAGUUUCAAAAAUUUAUUGAAGACACUAAACCUUACGACAUAGUGAUUGAUGGACUUAAUAUAACUUAUUUUCAAAAAUCUCGUUCGUAUCACAACGAAUCUGAACCGAAGUUAACAUGGCUGAUCAAUGUAGUCGAGCAUUUCAAGAAACAGAGGAAAAGAAUACUCGUAUUGACGCGGAAACAUCAAAAGAAGCUAUCCACUUUCAAGCACGUAGAACGGCUCGCCUCUGUCUUCUUAAUAGAUAAUUUAUCUUCCGAUGACCCUUACAUACUCUACGCAACCUUGGCGAGCGGGAUAAAUUCCAAGUUUAUCUCGCUGGAUUUGAUGCGACAACAUAAGCACUCCUUACAGAAUAGCGACUUACAACGAGCGUUCAAGAAAUGGCAGUAUUCGCAUCAGUACUUCGUCGAGCGAAGUAAAACCGGUAUUCGCAUGCUAGAGCCUUUCGCCUGCAUGCCGAAUGUACAGAAGAGUGGCAAUUGUUGGCACGUACCAUGUGUCAGCGACGAUAUUAUUAAAACGGAAUCAUAUAAAUUUCCGGAUAAGUGGUACUGUUUGAAGUACACGAAGAAAACAAAUAAAUGAUAUUGAAACAUAAAUUUCUUUAUUAGAUAUCAUUUGUCUGCAUGCUGGAUAAUAGAUGCGAUUUUUAAAUUGAAAAUCUUAAUGAUUCUCGUCUCUUUAUUAACAUGCAAUAAUUUUAUAAUAAAUUAUAUCAAUUGCUUGCUGCUUCACUGCAA